UUGGAAACCAGAGGAAGUCAGUGUGACGAUUGCGGUAGGCUACAAUAGUUUCAGGUGACUGAGAGAACAGGUUAUUCGUUGAGUUGUCGCUGCGAGUUCUCAGUCGAGAAUGCAAAAUAUGUUAAUCAUAGUAACAAUGGUCGCAUUUAGCGAUAUUAUUCUUCUGUGGGCAGCCCUCUGUCUUCCAGAGUACGCACAGGGAACCAAUGUUACUGCGUGGCAGGUGCCAAACUUGACUGUUACCCAGAACACAAAUGCAAGCAUCACCUGCCAUUUUUGUGCUCCAGAAAUCCAUUUUAACAAUAUAUGGAGUGGGUAUGUGCAAUGGGAAAAACAAAACAAGCCCUAUUUAACCGAGGAGAAGAAAUAUAUUAACCAGUCAAAUAAUUCACGUGUUUUACCUCUUUACUCAUUACAACUGAAUGACAGUGGGUGGUAUAGGUGUAAUGUGUUCUUCAUUAUCCCAAAGCUCUUGAAUGUAUCUGCAAACGGAACCUAUCUCACAGUGGUUGAUGAACCUGAGAUUCUGCCAGUGAAUGUAGGCCUAUGGCUUUCAGUUGGUGGUGUGCUCGUUGUUCUGCUCAUCGGAGGAAUUGCUCUGGUCUUCAGAAGAUUUAAAAGAGAUGACCAGCACAAAGAGGAAAGAACAGAAAAUGUCCCACAAGAUGUCCUUCUAGAAUCAGCAUCCCAGGACACAGAGGAAAUUACAUAUGCUUCGAUAAACAAGCAAAGCUUUAACUGUAGAGAAAAUAAACAGAAAAUUCCAGAACAAGAAAGGAUGGCAAACAGAACAAACGGCCCAGAUUCCACUGUGGAGGAGUCAGUGCUCUAUUCUCCCAUACGCAUAAAGACUAGAUGAAACAUGAACACAUGGACAUGUAGUAAAUGUCUAGUAGCUUAACUAGACACAAAUCAUUCUAGAUUUAUGAGUGUGCGCACAUAUGCCUGAUGGACCGACAGACAUUACUGUGGGAGCUGUGGGCGCCAGACUGCUGCAUGCAAAGGUGGUCAUCUUUCAAAAACCCACACGUGUGACAAGUGCCAAACCACAAGUGAGUUGUUGCAUGCAAGUACAUGAGCAUGCAUGCCUAUGGACAGCUUUGUUUUUGUUCAUCUUCCCUGUUCUCAUCAAUGUUUAGCAUAUUAAAUGAUGAGCAGACUGAUGCUGAUGAACAGACUGUGAACAGGCUUGUGUAGUUCAUCGCAGCAAUGACAGAAAGAGGUGUGAUUU